AUGGAGAUCAGGUGCGGUCAUCGAGUCGAAGAUUCGGCCUGCCCGCGACACGUAUCCAGAAGGACUCGCUGCGCAGGCGGUGAAGCGGAGCUGCGACGGCGGGACGAACGAGGCGUCGAAGUCUUUCCUCAUCAUAGUAAAGCGGACAUCGCCAACGAAUGGACGCUGCGCCCACCUGAUAAGCAAGACGUGACGCAGAACAUUACGGCUGCCUGCUCGAACUCCGUCGACCACUCGUCGCUGUUCCUCAUACAGAAAGUCGCACAGCCAAGGCGCAGCAUGACGCGGCUUACGUACCACGACGUCGAGCAGUGGAUGGACGCGAACCCUGACAGCCGCUGCGACUACUUCCUCCGCAAAGCCGACCUCUCUCUCGUCAACAAAUGGCUCCUCUGUCACGGCCACGACACCGUGCUCACCGAGACAAAAUCCGCCUGCCGACGCAGCUCGGCUCCCGGCCACGCGCCGACCGUACUGACGGCGGCGCUGUCGUCGCCGCUAGAGCGCGUGCUCGACACGCACGUCGAAGGUCGCGCGACGACGACGACGACAUCGCACAGUAAGCCGAAGCCGCCGCCGCGCAGCAACUCGCGUAAGUUUCUGCGACAGGACUUCGCCAAGUGCAAGAACACGCUGCUGUACCGUACGUGCGAAGCGGCCGUCGUCAGCAGCGAGAUGCCGUCGAGCGACGUCGAGGCGCGUCGCAACAGCCUGAAGAACAUGCGCCAGUACACGUCGCUGCCGCCGUCGUCGCUCAACAUGCUGAGUCAUCUCAUCGAGUCGAAGAUCCGGCUGCCGCGACACGUAUCGAAGGACGCGGCGCAGCUGAACGAGCUGCGACGCACGAACGAGCGCGAGUUCUUCCUCGACAUCGUAAAGGACAUCGCCAACGAGAUGGACGUGCGCCACCUGAGUAGCAAGGUGACGCAGAACAUACGGCUGCUGCUCGACGUCGACCACUCGUCGCUGUUCCUCAUACAGAAGUCGCACAAGGGCAAGGUGCUCGUGUCGAAGCAGUUCGAUGCCUACACGGGCACGAACGUGCUGCUGUCGACGAGCGGUGACAACGUCGUGCAGGUGCCCUGGGGCACAGGAAUCAUCGGGCACGUGGCCGACAGCGGAGAGACAGUCAAUCUCACACAGGCAUCCGAGGAUCCGCGAUACGACAACGAAGCUGACAGGAUGACGGGAUAUGAGACGAACACUCUUCUGUGCAUGCCCAUCACCGACACGGACGGUGUCGUCAUUGGGGUGACCCAGGUCAUCAAUAAACGUGGAGGCCAGGAAUUCACGAAGGAUGACGAAAAGUUGCUCCAGACCUAUCUGUCGUUCUUCGGUAUUGCGCUGGCCAAUGCUCGUCUGUUUGAAGCAUCACGACAGGAACAGCUAAAUAACAAGGCGCUGCUUGAGGUCGUACACGAUCUAUUCGAAGAGCAGGAUGCGCUGGACGGAAUCGUACUGAAGAUCAUGCAGAAGACGCUGCGCUUGCUCAAGUGUGAGCGCUGCUGUGUCUUCUUGCUCGACGAUAAUGGACUGGAAGUCACGUUCAACAAACUAUUCGAUCUGACGGCGCCAAAUCGCACCAAGUCGAAGCAGGCCUCUGGACAGGCCAAUACGGGGUAUGAUUUUGUAAGAUAG